UAGUCAGAGGCACAAUGCGGAAGGGAUCAGCUGAGGCAUAAGCUAAUCCACCAUAUAAUACACUAAUAAAAAAUAAACAUGUGGAAUUUAUUUAGUCAUUACUCCUACACUGCAACUCCUUUUUCUUUAAGAGGAAGAAACACGCGGAUGAGAGACUGGACGCGGUUGUGGAGGUUGAGGCGGGGGCCGACGAGAGCUGAGGUCGAAUCGGGGAGGCGGGCUCUGUCGGCGGCGUCGGCGGCGGAGGGAGGAGGGGAUUGAGGAUUGAGGCGGAGGGCGUAGAGAGGCGGCUCGAUCCGGAGCCUGCGCUUGCGGCGGCGGCGUUCGGCUGCGGCUUCCUCUGCGGAGGAGAAUCCGUAGGAGCGCUGCGAGAUGAAGGAGGAAUUGUCCAGGCAUUGGGGCUGGGAGUGUUGAGCGGCGGCGGAGAACUGAUUGGGGGUGAAAUUGGUGGUAGGAUACGGCGGAUGAGGGGGAUUGGUGAGAGGGGUAUCUGUAAAGUGAAUGAGAUUGCUAUAAUUUUGAAUUUCCUAACUUAGAAUGCCAAGCUUCAGCAGUAAUCACUCACAAACACAUGCGCGUCUGUGUGCGAACAGAGAGAUAAGAGAGGGAAAUCGGUGUUUCUUUCUCUUAAAGACAAAGGAGUUGCAGUGUAGGGAGGGAGAGAGUAAUGACUAAUGAGUGAAGAUAUGAAGGGAUCUCCUUAAAGACUCAGGAACUGUAUGCAGUAGUCUUCUUGACUCGGUACCUCGAUUUGUUUACCGAGUUCAUUUCACUUUAUAACUCCGUUAUGAAAAUAGUGUUCAUUGCAAGCUCUUUGGCAAUUGUUUGGUAUAUGAGGUUUCACCCAGUAAUUAGGCGAUCCUAUGACCGUGACCUGGACACCUUCAGACACUAUUUUAUGGUGGGAGCAUGUUUUUUCUUGGCACUUUUGGUUAAUGAGAAGUUCUCGUUUGAGGAGAUAUUUUGGGCAUUUUCAAUAUACUUGGAGGCUGUAGCAAUACUACCACAGUUGGUUCUGUUGCAAAGAAGUGGAAAUGUGGACAAUCUGGCUGGACAAUACAUUUUCUUUCUUGGGGCCUAUCGAGCAUUCUACAUCCUAAACUGGAUCUACCGCUAUUUCACUGAAGAUCAUUUCAGUAGAUGGAUCGCUUGUGUCUCCGGGCUUGUCCAAACCGCUCUUUACGCAGACUUCUUUUACUAUUACUUUAUCAGCUGGAAAAAUAAUUCAAAGCUGAAAUUGCCAGCCUGAUAUAAACACAGGGGCGCAUAUACAGAUAGGACGGUCUGCAUUGAUAUGCUCAUGCCAUGAUUUUGAUUGAAGUUUUGUCUCUUUGAUGGAGUUUCAGAUGGCAGUCUGAUCUUAGGAUAUGACAAAUUUAUGUUCCAAGAUUACAAAUUCCUUUUGAGAAAUGCAAUGAAACAAAACUUUUGUCAGUAUAUGUAUAUUAUGCAGCACAUGUAAAGCCUUGAAGGAACUUUUGUUAACUUGUUUACAGUACAUGCUUACAAAUUCAACUUGUGUUCGAAUGGGAA